GGAGUAAGUAUCGUAGUAUUUUCUCCAAUUGUUAAAAUGUAUAUAUAUAUAUAUAAUGUAUGAAAAACUAAAUUUGUAUAGAAGAUAAAAUAAGAAACACCAAACACAAAUAGAGGAAGAGUUUAAUAGAUGAUCACUUCCGUAAAUCUGAAUGAAGCAAAGUUGAGUAUCACUACGCACGUUUUGGAUACUAGUAGAGGUCUGCCUGCUGACGGUUUGGCAGUAUGUCUCUUCAAAUUCGAAAAUGGCAAAUGGAUUCUUCUAAAAGAGAGCACGACAGAAUCAAACGGACGUUGCGCGGAUCUGCUACAGAACGAGCGAGAAAAUUCUACGCCCGGUAGAUUCAAGAUCGAAUUUCGGGUGAAUGAUUAUUUCAGACGAAACGCGACUAGUUCGAUAUAUCCGCUGAUUGAUGUGGUGUUUGAUGUGCAAAAUCAUGAACAUUAUCACAUUCCUUUGUUGUUGAGUCCUUUUGGAUUUACCACGUAUCGCGGCUCAUAAUCGAUUUUUAAUUAAUCCGUUAUACAAUGAUGAUUUAUAUUUCAAAACAUUUCUCCUUGAGAGAUUUAUUAGAAAAAUAGAUUUUACUUAUGUGGAUAACACGCGCUUUUUUUAUACAUGCCGAUCGAAUUGCAUGAGAAAUGAUGGUUGAUGGAAUUAAAAUAACGAAAAUAAAAUAAAAUUACGUUAUAAUAAUUUUACGAUUGCAAAAAUUGAAAACAAUU